AUGUCAUCCGAGUCCUCACAAGACCUCCUCACAUUAACACUCACACCAGACAACCCAGUAAACACAACACUCACCAACCAAAUCUAUUACACCUCCGAAACGCUCUACCCACGCGGACCCAAAUCAUCAUACGCCAUCACACACGUAUGUGGUAAGCACGGUGAGACACUCGGUGCGCUUGAAUGGCGGGACGUCCGGAGUGACUUGGUUGGACUUGGUGGAGAGGGUGAAUUUCCUUUGAGUGCUUGGAUGAAUAGUAGUUUGAUUCCGUUUAAUUCGUGCAUACGGAAGUAUAAAUGGAAAGGGUGUGGAACAGGGGAGAGCAUGGAGUUAUGGGUAGAGGAUGCUCCCGACUCUCCGAUUGCUCAGUUCCAGAAGUCUCGUCCUCGAGCUGAUCCUUCUACACCUGCACGACUCCUCAUAACCCCGCGUGCGCAAGAAAUCAUGGAUACAGUCGUGAUUAGCUUCCUGUUCCUAGAGAAGCGCCGACGAGCUACGGAGAACUCGACGCAGAAUCGUGCGGACGUACUUGGCACUCCGGCUCUUAAUCUUCCAGGAACUAGCAGGCUGCGGACUCAGGUUGUGAACAAUGGAGUAUAA